CAACUCCCCAACAGCUUCACCUCCUACAUUUAAACAAAGAAAUUAAAGCUUCUCUUUAUAUUACCAUUCUGAUCAACUAACCCUUCUGGGUGUUUGAUAUAGUUCAACUUCUCCACAUCUUCUUCUCUUUUAAGACUUUAAAGUGUCUCCUAUAUUUGCGCUAGAUUUCUGAAUCUUGAUCUUCUUGGGAAGUCUUCUAAUGGAUGAAGUUGAAGUUCCUCCAUUUUUCCUCUGCCCCAUUUCUCUAGACAUCAUGAAGGACCCAGUCACAGUCUCAACGGGCAUAACAUAUGAUCGUGAAAGCAUCGAGAAAUGGAUAUUUUCUGAGAAAAACAGUGAGUGCCCAGUCACUAAACAAGUCAUCUCCGAUUCCGAUUUGACGCCGAACAUCACUCUCCGGCGACUGAUCCAGUCAUGGUGCGCCCUAAACGCUUCCUAUGGCAUUGAAAGAUUCCCAACACCAAAGCCCCCGAUCAAUAAAGCCCAGAUGGCGAAGCUUCUCCGUGAUGCCAAAUCUCCACAACUACAAAUGAAAUGUCUCGAAAAACUGAAAUCACUAGCUUCUGAAAGUGAGGCAAACAAACGUUGCAUGGAAGCCACGGGAGCCGUACAGUUCUUAGCUUCAACCAUAAACAACACCAUCGAAUCAUCAGCAUCAGAAGAAUCAGAAGAUGGGUUUGAUCUCAAAAAAGCCAGUGAUGAAGCCCUAAUUAUUCUCUAUUAUCUUGAAUUAUCAGAAGCUGGACUGAAGUCUCUCUCCGGCCAAAAUGGUGAAUUCAUUGACUCCUUAACACAGAUCAUGCAACGUGGGAACUUCGAAUCGAGAACUUAUUCUGUUUUGUUAUUGAAAUCGGUCUUCGAAGUGGCGAAUCCAAUGCAGCUGAUGAGUUUGAAACCAGAAUUAUUUGUUCAAUUAGUCCAAGUCUUGAAGGAUCAGAUCUCUCACAAAGCCACCAAAAAUACACUGAAACUACUGAUCAAUGUUUGUCCAUGGGGAAGAAACAGAGUCAAAACAGUCCAAGCCGGCGCAGUGCCAGAAUUGAUUGAUCUUUUACUCGAAGCCCAUGAGAAAAGGGACUGUGAAAUGAUACUAGUGGUGUUGGAUCAUCUGUGCCAGUGUGCAGAGGGAAGAGCCGAGUUGUUGAACCAUGGAGCUGGGUUAGCAAUUGUGUCAAAGAAGAUACUUAGGGUUUCAAAGAUGGCAACUGAAAGGGCUGUAAGGAUUCUAGUUUUUGUUUCGAAGUUUUCUGCAACUCCAAGUGUUCUUCAAGAGAUGCUGAGUUCUGGGUGUGGUGGCAAAGCUUUGCCUGGUGCUUCAAGGGGAUUGUGGUAGCAAGACCCGGGAAAGAGCUAGAGAGAUCCUUAAAUUACAUGCCAAGGCAUGGGAGAACUCUGCUUGUAUACCCAUGAAUUCGUUUUCUACCUAUCCAAAUUAGAUAAAUACAUAGAUAGAGAGUAGUUAAUUUGUGUUUUGUGUACAUAAUAGAAUUCAUGUAGAUUUUUCAUAUGGAUUGUAUAGUUACUUUGAGAAAGAUUAAUGUUAUGAAAGGUG